AUGGUCAAACAAAAGACGAUCGAAGACCCGAACAAGGAGAUCUGGCUCCUCCGCGUCCCGUCGAGCAUCUCACUCGAUGCGGUCAACAACCUCCCGAUCGCGAAGGAGCAGGGCAACGUCGGUGAUGUUGUAGCGAGGGCGCCGGGCGCGGCCCGAGACCACGGCGGGCCCGUGGGCCGCGCCUUCGGCGGCGACAUCGUGAUUCGGGAGGAGUCCGCGCUCGCGGACGACAUGCGGCCCCUCGUGAAGACGCGGAGCGGCUCUUUGAGGUGUGCGGGCGUGCCCGUAUCAAGGCAAUUAUCAUUAGCGGUGGAGCACGACCCGGCCACGACGGAAAUGGACGCCGCGAAAUACGUCCCUAGCAUCGUCGCACCGGCCGUCGAGAGCGUCUGGUCCCAGGAUCCGAUCGGCGAGGAAUUGCUCGGCAAGGACUUCGCCGAGAAGACGGGCUACGUGCACCCGAUCUGGUCGCGGGCUGUGUGGAGAUCAAAUUUCGGACGCCCCCCGCCAUCGACGGGACGUCGCCCUGGUAAUGGCAUCUGCUCGAUGGCGUGGAGUUUCUACGCCAUCGACGCGACGUCGUCCAAAUAACUGCGGCAGAUCGAUGACGUGGAGUAACCUAACUCACUGGUUGAUUUCCACACAGGUCGCGGAGUGCCUACAACGGCAAGCUCCAGCCGCGGGACAUCAGGGCGCGCUUCUUUCCCAACGCCACGCGCGAGCCGCGCGACGGCUCCGCGCCGCCGGGCGUCGUGACUUCCGCGCCGACGAAGAAGCGGAAGAGCGAUGCGACGGGUUCCGAGAAGAAAAAGAAGAAAAAGAAGAGGUCCAAGGGCGACGCGGGCGACGCGCUGUCGCCGACUGGUUCCGAAAAGAAGAAGAAGAAAAAGAAGAAGAAGUCGCCCACCGGUGGGGAAUAAAACUUGUUAAAAUUA